AUGUCCGUAUCAACAUCAAUGACGAAUUCAAAUCUCUAUCCUAAUAGUUCCAGUGACAGCCAGUGGAACCAAGAUUCCAGUAACGUUAAUCCGCCUAGUGAAACGCAGUAUUUGGUGGCCGAGCAACAAUAUAGAAUCAACCCUGUAACCUGCAAUGGCUCCAGUGCUACUUACAAUACUCAGAAAGUAAAUAAUGUCAACAACUUAAAUUGCGUCAAUGGACAGAUGCCAUUCAAUCCCCCACACUACGCUAGCACCUGUGUUUCGAAUACGUUAACAGGACAAGAUAUCAGAUUCCAAAAUACGUACAAUGGUCUCAAUAAUGCUGGAAUUAUACCCGGAUCACACAAUGUACAAUUAGUACCCAGUGUCGGUAAUACGUGGGCACCUCCAGUUGGUCGCAGAGACCGCUUAGUCUCAAGACAAACGUGGAAUUCGCCAAAGCCAAUAAGCGGCGGCGUGAAAAAGGCAAAGCGUAUCCGAACCGCGUUCACCAGUCAGCAAAUGAUGGAACUUGAAAAUGAAUACGUAAGAACUCGCUACUUGGACCGCAGCAGGCGUAUAGAGUUAUCAGAAAUUCUUAAAUUGAACGAACGCACUAUCAAGAUAUGGUUCCAGAAUCGGCGAAUGAAGGAGAAGAAAGACAGGACUGAAAAUCUUGAAGAUACUGAAGCGACGAGCACUACAGAGAUCUCGCCAGAGCAUGGGCGGCAAAUGAUAAUGUAUGAUCCAUAUCCUCACAAUGGUGUUUAUAACCGGAACAUAUAUGUUGAACAAUAUCCAGUAGUGUCUGCUGGUAUGAUAGCACAACAAACUGGUGUACCGCCUUUAGUGGAGCAUGUUGAGAAUGCACCGAUGAAUUCUUAUUCUACAUUUGUCGUGGAGAACAAUCUCCAACUAUCAGAAUUCGACAUGCAAUAUCGACAAAUGAAUAUGGAAAUGCACGGCUAUUCAAUCAACGAUAAGAAUGAAGAGACUGAAUGCAUAGAUGAGCCAUUAGAAGAUUCCUCGCAUCACUCUGAAAAUAGCACCAACGAUGCAUCUGCAACUGAACCACAUACGCAGAACUGGGAUUUAUCUUGGAUCCGCAGUAUAGAUAUCGAUGAGGAGUUGUAA